GGCGUUAGCCACAAGCGGUCAACUGAACUUGCUCCCAGGUGAACGGGUUAUUUUGAUAAACCGAUCACAGUGUUUGCAGUUCGCGGCGAGUACACGGGUAUUUUCAGUGGGGAGCAAAUGGGGACCACUGAGCCGACGUUCAAAGUCGUUCUUCUGGGUGAGGCAGGGGUGGGAAAAUCGACAAUUUUUGUUCGCAUCAAGGACAAUGUGUUCACGGAUUGUCCCGAAAGAUCUUCUGUUGGAAUAGACAGCUGCACGAAGGUAGUUACCUGCAAGAAUGGGAUUGUCAAGCUUUGUAUAUGGGAUACGGCGGGUGUCGAACGCUUCCGGACAUUAACGAGGAAUUACUACCGGAAUGUACACGCCGCACUUCUCACAUACAGUCUCGAUAAUCCGUAUUCCUUGGCGCUUCUGUCUAAGUGGGCCGAAGACGUCACCUACUUUUCACAAGCAGCAUCCAUUUUUCUUCUGGGGACGAAGAGUGAUCGAAGAUGGAAGGUGAGUGAAGAUUCCGCAAGGAACUUUGCGAUACGUCACGAGUGCAGUGGUGUCUUCUUCGUGUCAGCUAAAACAGGACAAGGGGUGGAUAACGCUUUGUGCGCAUUGGCAGAAAAACUCGUCCAGCUUUAUGACAAAUCGUCAGUAACCCCCGCAGAGACUCGAUCUUGGCUAACAGACACUUUGGAAUCCAGGAAUACAACGAAGUCGUCGCUAUGCUGUUCCUGAUUGUUAAAUUAAAAAGAAAGAAUUCAUAUACGGAUACAUUGGGGUGGUGGUGCAUGGGGUGUGCACACCUUAUUUUUCGUUUUACAGUCUACACCCUAUUUGAUGUGUUUGGCCAAAAUGCUUUCGGCCUCAUGUGAUACGCAUAUUCUACACCCAGCGAUUAGUGCAAUAAAACAUUCCACGCCCCAUUUUUAGACGUUUGUACCAGCAUUAAAAAAAACCCCACCGAGACAAGUAUCCAGUGUAAUUCCCUGUUCGUUAUAACACUGCAUACUUCAGGGUGUAUACUACCAAAUCAAAUCCCAUAGACGACAAUAGUAACAUAUGUGGCUGAAACUCCUACCUGCAACGUAUCAACCGACAUAAACGCCACGGAUAUAAAUACUACCACCCC